UGAAGUUAUUGUGUCUGCACAAGGAGGUAACCACAACAACAACAACAUUGCCCUUCAAAGUAAAGGUUGUGUAAUUGUUUGACCCGUGGAUCAAACCCUCCCUGCAUGCAGUUGGUUUGACAGCAGGAGAGGAGAGGAGAUGUAGGGAAAUGUCUUGAGGAAAAAAAAAAAGGCAGGCCUCCUGUUUUGAAUGAACCAGGUGAGCAGAUUUAAAAGGCCGAAUUAAGAUGCAAGAAACAAGAGAAGAUCAGACGGGGCUGUCCUGAAUGACAGCGCCUGCUUUCCGCUUCAGAGGUGAGUUUUCAUCAUCGUCACAAUAAUAAAGUGUUUUUUUCCUUAAUUACUCUUGAAGAUCUGUAUCCAUACAUAGACCAUGGAGAGGACACUGCUCUGCAUCUUGGUGCUCUCAGGUGUGUUUCCGCCCCGAGACACGUCGUCCCUCCGCAAACGUCUGUUCAACUUCGUCGACGAGCCCAAAGCGUGGGCCGACGCCCGGCAGCACUGCCGGGACAGACACACGGAUCUGGCCGCCGUCAACGACGAGGAGGACCUGGUGAAUCUGUCCGGGCUGAUUGCGAGCGACGUCCCGCGCGCCUUCCUGGGUUUGUACAGAACUUGGGGUUGGACCCUGACGGACGACGACGACCACAAAGAGGGAGAGGAGGCCUACUGGAACUGGGGGAGUGGGGAACAGUUGAAAAAAGAGCUCCAUUGUGGGAGCGUCGGCGAGGCCGGCCAAUGGUUCGCCACCAACUGCAGCGUCAGUUUGAACUUCACCUGCUACGACGCAUCCAAAACUGCCCCCUCUGAGAGGUUUUCCCUGGGGCCGGACGCCAGGAACUGGCGCGACGCCCAGAGCUACUGCAGGGGGCGCUACACGGGCCUGGCCCGGGUGAGGAACCGGGCGGAAAACGAGCAGCUGCAGAAGAUGGCGAGAGGGCACCGGGUCUGGAUUGGGCUGUCGGGGACGGAUUGGGCGUGGUCCGACGGCGCUCAGCCCUCGUUCACACCCUGGAGGCCGCGGGGCCCCUCGGCGGCGGGCGCGCUGGGGGAUUGCGCCGUGCUCGUGCUCGACAGCAAACCUGUCGCAAUGUCAGACGGGGAUUGUGCUGAAAAACUGCCCUUUUUCUGCUACAAUGAUCCAAUGAGAAAAGUCUUGUUGAGGCUGGAGCUGAGCGCUGACCCCUACGCGGACAUGAGAGCCCCCGAUGUGAUGGACUCCAUCAUGAAAUGGGUGGAGAAGAAGCUGAGCGAUAAAGGAGUGACUGAAGAUGUAAAGCUUAGCUGGUGGAAGCUUCCAGAGAAGGAGACGAAGCCUGAAGAAGAGGAAACAGAACCAAUGGAGCUAGUGUGUUUUCCCUGAUUCACAUGGUUAGAUAUAUUUUUUCUCUUGAACGUUCACUUGAUCUUUGUCAAUAUAUGGUAGUAGUAUAUAUGAAGAGUUUAUUACGUCCAUUGAGCGUGUUCAUGUAAGCACACAUGUAUGGUCAUAUUGUCAUUUUGCGUUGCAACUUACCUUUAGCAACAAAAAAAAAACAUUUUUGCUCAGAUAACAUCAGCCUUUCUAGAGGUAAAAUCCCCAAGACACACAAAUAAAUUAUGUUGGCAAAGAUAAAAAGCAAAUCAGCACGGAGACCCACAGGCGUGUGGACCUUUUGGUUUGACUGUUUUUUAACAGAUUAAAUGUCGUAUAUCGUCUAAUCUGUAAAACAGUGGCGUGAAAACAACAGUUUAAGGGGCAUUAUGUAGCAUACUUUGAUACCUUGAUGUCUAAUGAAGGGGGGUUGAAUUGCGACAUCCACUUCAGAUGAAUCCUCCAAUGCUUUAUUUUGUAAUUCAUUCAAAUCUGUUUUUCAUUGCAACUCUCUCUCACUCCCUCAAAGUUUAGUAUUUUGUGUCUGUCCUAUUGUGAUUAUCUAUAUAUUUUCUGUCUGUACCAUGUAGAGUGAUUUUGAUUGACAUUAAACCGCUUGGGAACUUAAUAACAAUG